AUGGGUCUUCCUUUUCCGCAACAAAAAGAAACACCCAGCAGUGAUCUAUAUGGCCAACUUGGCAGUGGCCGAUUUGCUGUUUGUCAUCUGGAUUCCGCUCAAGAUUUCCUAUCACCUGAAUGGCAACAACUGGAUUUAUGGGGAAGGCCUAUGCAAAGUACUUGUGGGAUUUUUCUAUGGGAACAUGUAUUGCUCAAUCCUGUUCAUCACCUGUCUGAGCGUCCAGCGGUACUGGGUCAUUGUAAAUCCCAUUUCACACACCCGGUAAAAAAGACUAAAAUUGCCUUAAUUGUUUCAGCCACAAUAUGGGUCGUCAUUAUUCUCAGCACAGUUCCAUUGUAUCUUGUUGAACAAACCGUUUAUGUCAACAAUGUUAAUAUCACAACAUGCCAUGAUGUCUUGCCACUCAGCGUUCUGGCCUCUGACAUGUUCAACUACUUCCUCUCUCUUGCCAUCGGGCUUUUCUUCUUCCCUGCAAUCCUCACCAUUGUAGCCUAUGUGCUGAUGAUCAGAACAUUGAAUGCUUCCAUUACAGAUGAAAACAUUGGUAAAAAGAGGAGGAAAGCCAUUGUGCUCAUCAUUACUGUGCUGGUUAUGUGUGUUGUAUGUUUCAUGCCCAGUAACAUUCUGUUGCUGGUGAACUAUGCCACUAUUAAGGAGACCCAUGUUGGCAACAUCUACGCCUUUUAUAUUGUGGCCCUGUGCCUUUCCGCACUGAACAGUUGCAUUGACCCCUUCGUCUACUACUUUGUAUCCAAAGACUUCAGAGACCAUGUUUAA